GUCGUGUCCCCCUCCUCGAAACUACAGCAUUUUGCACUGCUAUCUUGUGUCCAGCGUUUAUCUCUGAUUCCUUCCGCUUGGUAUUCAUCCGCGUUUCUUGUCGGAUCAUUAUGUUGGUGGUGCAUUCCUUGAAUUGGAUGACAAUGUACGUAUGAACAACGGAAAUUUUGAAUAAGUGCCAUGCAGGAACUCAUUUCGCAGAACUGUUCGAAGUUUAACCAACAGCUGCCUGAUUUACAACUCUAAUUAGGGCGCACAAGCUUGCAAUAUUUAGAUAUAUUGCCAGCAGGUAAAACUAAUCCCGAGUCGCCACUUCCAACGCAACCUAGUUUGCAGAAAAAAGAACUGACAUACCUUACCUUCUAUUCACUUACUGUACUUGAAGAUGAACUUUUGAAUCACCAACCGUUGAUCUCUGUUGAAAAUUAUAAAAUACUUGCAGACGAGAUAACGCGAAUCCUACUUACCACACGUGCCAAGGUCAGCAAACCAUUCGAAUCGGUCAAAAUGUCGAUUAUCCGUGCAGUUACCAAACGAGCUAAAAUCGAUGUCUCCUCCUACCUGAAAUAAUGUCUGUAUCUGCUUAUCCUACCCGAGGAAUUUUACAGUCGAAAAGUAGCUUCAGAGAAGUUCCAUUCAGCGAUGGCGAGAACAACUUACGUCAGGCACUCAGGGACCUCGUCACGAGUCUGCCUACAGACGAGCGAGAAGCAUACCCAAUUGACGAAGAAACAUUCAUGCGACUCUAUAGAGGGUACCUCAAACACAAGGAUAAUAUCCUGGACUGGGAUAAAAUUACCCAACCGGAAGGUUUGAUCCGAGUGUACGAAUCUUUGUCAAAACCAAAACCAACCGAUGUCCCUGGACUGCUAAGCAAAUUGGUGGUUCUUAAACUGAACGGUGGCCUGGGCACAUCGAUGGGUUGUGACGGGCCCAAGUCACUUAUCCCCGUCAGAGACGGGCGUAACUUUGUUGAUCUGACAGCGGAACAAAUAGUAGAACUGAAUUCCAAAUACAAUUGCGAUGUCCCAUUGGUGCUUAUGAACUCUUUCAACACGGAUAAGGAAACGGAACAAGCGCUUAACAAAUUGGGAGAAAAAAGGCCACAAAUAUUCACUUUUGAGCAAAACCGUUACCUAGAAAGGUCCAAAUUCGACGGCCAUGGUUGUGACUUUCUGAUGGAGGUAACUCUGAAGACGCCAUCGGACAUCAAAGGUGGCACACUGAUGCGUUAUGGUGAGAAGUUACGUCUCCUUGAACUGGCUCAGGUUCCAGAAAAAUACAUGGAUGAAUUCACGAGCGUCCGCAAAUUCAAAUUCUUCAACACGAACAACCUUUGGGUGAAUUUGAAGGCAAUGUCAAAAUUGCUAGACGAAGAUCGUAUUUCCAUGGAACUGAUCGUGAAUCCUAAAAUCCUCGGCAAUUCCCUCCCCAUUGUACAGCUAGAGGAAGCAGCAGGUGCAGCCAUACAUAAUUUUGACAAUCCGCGAGGUAUCACGGUACCUCGAACUCGCUUCCUGCCCGUCAAGCUGACCUCGGAUUUACUGUUGGCGAUGUCCAACCUGUAUGACUUGGAAAAGGGUCGCCUAAUACCAUCACCUAAGCGCAAUUUUCCAACGCUUCCCCUGGUGAAGCUAGGAAAACACUUUAGUCAGAUCAAAGACUUCCGGGAACGCCUUCGUACGAUUCCAGAUGUGAUCGAGCUAGACCAUUUAACGGUUUCUGGAGACGUGCACUUUGGAAAAAACGUGAAACUCAAGGGGACAGUGAUCAUCAUUGCAAGAGAAAACGAGCGGAUCGAUAUUCCUCCAAAAGCCGAAUUGGAGAACAAGAUCAUUACGGGAAACUUGCGCAUCCUACCUCACUGACAUCACUACCUGCUGAGAUCAUUCUCCUUCCCAUUGUAUCCUUUAUCUUGGACUUCAGCUAUGUAAUUUUUUGAAAUAAUUCUAUUUUUAAUUCCUUAUUCAUUGAAAUUUCUGUCUUUUAACGAAUCCAUUAUUCCGUUUGAACGUCUGUCCCAGUCGUUUGUUCUCAAAAUUAUUUAUUAUUGGAAGUGAUGAAAAUAAUAAGAAAAAGAGAAAAAAGACAUUGCCAA